AUGGCCGAGGAGGAGCCGCCGCAGUCGCCGCAGGCGCCUGAGGAGAAAGCCGAGGCCCCAGUCGACGAUGAGUCGGCCAGCCGCACGUUCUUCACCGGCAUCGAUGCGGAAGCCGGCAAGAAGGGCAAAGGUGCGAAGGACAAGAACAGGUUUCGGAACCUCGAAGCCACCCCGGCCGGGACGAAGAUCAUGGAACACUUCGGGGACCUCACGAACCUCGCCAAUAGCCUCGACGUUCGGAUGGAGGCGCUGCUUCGUGAACACGAGCAGGACUUCUUCCUAGCCUACAAGACACACAUGUACACGGUCCAGAAGGAGAUCAAGGCGCUCCGCCACAAGGCUGAGCAGGAAGAAGCCAAGACCCGUGAGGACACGAAGAUCAAGGCCCUCGAGGGCGAGCUGGUGCGAAAGUAUUGGGGACGUCGGCACUUUACUGUCGUCAUCCCUUGCACAGCGCGGCUCCUGGUCGCGCUCUCUCCGGUCCUCGCCGCCUCAGUGUCUGUGGAGAAGCCUCCGCCGGUGCCCGCUGCCUGGGAGGUCGCCGGCCGGGCCGAUCCGGCGGAGCAGCUUGAGCUCACCUUCGCGCUGAGGCAGCAGAACUUGGACAAGCUGGACGAGGUCUUCUGGCGAGUCUCCACUCCCAGCUCUUCCGACUACGGCCAGCACUGGAGCAACGAGGCCGUCAAUCGACUGACGGCACCCAGGUCCGAGCACGUCGCGGCGGUCCGAGAUUUCCUGCGCCGCUUCGGCGCCGAGGCGGCGCCGGCGACGCCGAACGGCGAUUUCCUGGUGGCCACGGUGACUGUGGAGGUGGCUGAGAAGAUGCUGAACGCCUCCUACAUGCGCCUGGCGCACGGCUCCGGCCAGACCCUGCUCCGGGCGCCGGGUGGCUACGAGCUGCCGCCGGAGGUUGCAGCGGCCGUCGAUUUCGUGGCGCCGACCGUUCACGUGCCAGGUGUGCGUCGGCCUCCGCUGGAAGCCAAGCCGGACCCCACCCUCUUCGACUCCAACUCGCCCAAGCACCUCAGGAGCCUUUACAACGUGGAUGCGGAGGGCAAGGCCGCCUCCAACCGCAUGGCUGUGACGGCCUUCCUGGAACAAGGCUACAGCGAGCGCUCGCUGGAAGCCUUCUGGAAGCUGUUCUGCGGAGGCAUCACCUGCGGCAAGGGUGCCCCCAAGCUGGUCGGAGACUACGUGGCAGGAUCAGCUGGCGUCGAGUCGAUGCUGGACAUUGAGACCAUCACAGGUGUGGCCGGCAACGUCGAAGCCGAGUUCUGGGGCUUCUCUGGGAGGUCCAAGGACAACCCCAAGAACGAGCCCUUCUUGAAGUGGCUCACCACGCUGAGCUCGACGGGAGAUAAGGACGUGCCCAAGGUCUUCUCGACCUCCUACGGCGAAGACGAAGGCUCCUGGUCCUACGAAGCUGCGCAGCGCCUGAACGUGGAGUUCCAAAAGGAGCGGUGUUAG